CGAUGAUGAGUGCGGCCCCCUCCAGGGGAUGCCUCCUGGAUCUGCCCUGGGAGGACAUCCUGGUUCCGCACGUCCUCUGCCACCUGCCGCUGCAGCAGCUCCUGAGCCUGCAGAGGGUCAGCAAGUCAUUCCAGUCUCUCAUCCAGCUGUUUCUGGCCAACAUGCGCUGCUUUGACUCGAGCAAGAUCGGACCUGCCAUCCCCAGAGCUGCUUUCGUUAACCUAAUGAAGGACAACGAAGUUUUGCAUCAGUUGGUGCUCCAGAACUGCUCCGACUGGCUGACGGACCGAGAGCUGCUCCCUGUCAUUGGGCAGAACCACCACCUGCAGCAGAUCCAGCUGAAGGGCUGUGCCCAGCUGAGCCGCCACGCGCUCGUCGCCAUCUCGCUGAGCUGCCCCCACCUGCGCCGCCUCUCGCUGGCUCAUUGCGAGUGGGUGGACAGCCUGUCCCUGCGCAGCCUUGCUGACCACUGCAAGGCGCUCGAGGCCGUGGACCUGACAGCCUGUCGCCAGCUGAAGGAUGAAGCCAUCUGCUACCUGGCGCAGAAGUGUGGCAAGCUCAAGUCUAUCUCGCUGGCCGUCAAUGCCAACGUGGGCGAUGGGGCAGUGGAGGAAAUCGCCAAGUGCUGCCCUGAGCUGGAGCACCUGGACCUCACGGGGUGUCUGCGAGUCAAAAAUGACUCCAUCAGAGUCCUGGCCGAGUACUGUCCCAAGCUGCGCUCGCUCAAGGUGAAGCACUGCCACAAUGUGGCUGAGUCCAGCCUGAGCAUCCUCCGAGGCCGUGGAGUGGAGCUGGAUGUGGAGCCUCCGCUGCAGAGGGCCCUUGUUCUCCUGCAGGACGUGGUUGGCUUUGCCCCUUUCAUUAACCUCCAGAUCUAGGACUGUGGCUGCUGGGUGGGGGGGAUGGAUUCAAUGCUGGCAUCCCAGGAGGAUUCCAGAGCCAGUUGCUGCUGAGA